UAAGCAUAUAUCCUUCCUGGUAUCUUCUACCUACUCCUCAACUUCUCAGUUGAACUGUUUUUAUAUUGAGGUUUGUGUGCUGGUUAACAGCUACCAUGGAGAAAGAGACCUUGAAUGAUUUUAAGGUGGAGAUGGUUGCAACCUCCAUCGUGCAAUCGCCUGUACCCACAAAAAAAUGCACGCUCAAAGGUUCCAACAUAGAUCUCACUGUUCCCGCAAUUAGUCCGGGGCACUUCUUUGUUUACAAAGGAGUGCAAGAUAAGACAUACCAAGACAUGGCAAGCUCGAUUAAGAAGGCGCUCUCUGAGGUACUAGUACUGUUUUAUCCAGUGGCCGGAAGGUUUAUUAUCAGUCACAAUGGUGAGCCUGAGAUAGAGUGCAGUAAUCAAGGAGUGCCCUUCAUUGAGGCUGAAUCGGGUGCUGCCAUUAAGGAUCUUGAUUUUUCUCAGCCAAGUUUUACUGCUGCGAAAUUGACUCCCAAGAGGCACCCUCUUCAAGGAGAAUCCCCUCAUUGUAUUCCUGUUCUUGCUGUACAGGUGACGAGGAUGAAUUGUGGCGGAAUUGUAGUGGGUUGUUGUUUUGAUCACAGAACUGUAGAUGGAAUAAGCAGCUAUAAUUUCUUUAAAGCAUGGACGGAGGCCGCUCAGGGUCUCUCAUCUUCCAUUAUUACUCCUUGCUUUGAACGCUCACUCAUCAAUCCCCGCCACCCUCUCAACACUUCUUCAGUGCGUGUCAUUGAUGGGCAUUACAUGGCACUGCCUUUUUCUGCACUCGAUCGCACUGAUCCUCCUCCACCCCAAAUUGGGCGCAUCUAUCAUUUAGAUGCUCCCACGCUUCUCCAAUUGCAGGCUCUCGCAAACCAAACUGAAGGAAAACCCCUUGCUGUCAAACCCAUGACAAAGAUGGAGGCGGUCUCUUCCUAUAUUUGGAAAGUUUUUGCUCGCGCCCAAGCUUUGGCUUCUUCAGAACCAACCAGAAUUGGUAUCCCGAUCGAUGGGCGUGCAUAUCUGAACCUCGCUCCUUCCUACUUCGGAAACGUGAUAGCGAUUCCUUUCAAGGAGAGCUAUGCAAAGCACAUAUUAGAGGAGCCCAUAAGCGAGAUAGCGGAAAUUGUACGCAACGUUAUAAGUGGUUCCGCAAACACUGAGUAUUUUAUGUCCUUCGUGGAUUGGGUGGAGGAGAAGAGACCAGCAGCAAUGUUAGCAAGAGUUUAUGCGGAGGAUGGGUCUGCCGUGGUGGUGUCGUCGGGAGUGAGGAUUCCAUUGUAUCAAUUUGACUUCGGUUGUGGUAAGCCUACUUUUUCAAGUGUAUAUUUUCCAUGGGGAGGAACAGCAGGGUAUGUGAUGUUGCAGGCGAGCCCCCUGGGAGAUGGGAAUAUGGUGGUGUAUAUGCACAUGGCCGAGAAGGACUUAGACGCCAUUGAAACUGAUCCUGAAUUUUUGUUCGUGAGGGUCAAUCGGAUGAAUUUCUGGUAAAAGAAAUGAUCCAGAAGGAACUUCUGUGAGCUUUCAUGCUUUCUGCAAAGUAGAAUUUUAUAUGCUAAGCUAAUGGUUUUAGUCUUACCCACCCACUGUGUUGUAAUAUCUUGUGUAAGCUUAUCCAGAUCAACCAGAUGGUACAAAUAUAAUGGCUUAAUUCUAGCAAUAAUUAUUAAAAAUGACGUCAUCUUGACGAGUGAUAUUUUCUACCAAUCUUAUGCCAUCAACCAGCUUGCCUGAGACAUCGGUUAAUACAAACUCCAAUCAGGAGGCAAUGCUGAGUUGAUAACAUAUAACUUGUCAAACAACCUUUGAUUCAAUGCGGGUGAAAACGUUCUCGUCUUAAUAAACUAGCACUUGUACAAAAGAAGGUGCAACUAUUA